AUGACUUUUUCACUAAAAAGUACUGAGGUAUAUCUGCCAUAUUUCGGCCACGCUCUGAUGGCUCUAGGCUACAUUCUCGAGCAGUUUCAAAGUGUUGGACCUCCUCUACCGAGCGCUGUUGUUCUAAUUGGACAUCUCUGCGUGCUUACAGAUCCUCGAACUUUAUCUCCGGAACGGCCAAGUGUACAAAUAAUCAACAUUACAUUUUUAUUCAGUAACAUUCUUAUGUUUCUUUACGAUUUGAUUCGAGCACUAGAGUACGAUGUACCAGGUGAUAUUGACGAAACGAAAUAUAGAAACUAUUCAAUUUCUUCUCCACCUAGGGAAGGGGCGAUCGCAAAAGGAGCUAUUUAUUUGACGACUAAAAAUGGAACAUUUCCAAUAAUGCUGACAUCCCUCAAGUCUCAUGACAGCACUACAUCGGGAGACACUCACAGGAUUUUAUCUGCAACCGCUAAAAAUCUGUCAAGAGAAAACAUAGAUGGCUACUGGGACGAAAUCUCCAGCGUAUUAUUAUCAAACAACACGUAUGAGGAAAAUGAAGAUAACGCGUGGAAAACUAAGAGGAGCAUAAACGAUGCUGUCUCGAAAAAUAUUACGCUAGUCUUAGAAAAUCUAUUAAAGAAUUACGAAAACUCUCAACUACCUACUCACGGCAAGGGUUACCCUACGGUUGUACAAACGAACAUAUUAAUAAGAAGUAUGGGGCCCGUCUCUGAACUUGACAUGGAUUAUUCAAUGGACUGCUACUUCAGACAGUACUGGAGGGACACCCGUCUAUCAUUUCUGGGUCCUAUUCGCUCCUUAUCCCUUUCAAUCAAAAUGUUAGAAAGGAUCUGGCGACCAGAUACUUACUUUUACAACGGCAAACAUUCGUACGUUCACACAAUAACUGUACCUAAUAAAUUGUUAAGGAUCAGUCAACAUGGUGACAUUCUCUAUUCUAUGCGGUUAACGAUUAAAGCGAAAUGUCCGAUGGAGCUUCGCAAUUUCCCGAUGGAUCGGCAAUCGUGUCCGCUCAUCCUCGGCAGCUAUGCGUACUCUAAUCAGCAGUUGGUAUACCAAUGGCAGAAUUCGCAGAGUGUGAAUUUCGUUCCUGGUAUGACUCUAUCCCAGUUCGAUCUCAUCAGCUUUCCAUACAGAAAUUUCACCUUUACAAGGCGAGAAGGUGACUUCUCAGUCCUCCAAGUUUCGUUCAAUCUUCAACGGCACACAGGAUAUUUCCUCAUCCAAGUUUACGUGCCCUGCAUCUUGAUUGUUGUACUUUCUUGGGUAUCCUUUUGGAUACAUCGUGAGGCAACAUCAGAUCGAGUCGGUCUUGGUAUAACGACGGUAUUGACUCUAUCCACCAUAAGUCUAGACUCACGAACAGACCUUCCUAAAGUGAGAUAUGCAACAGCACUAGAUUGGUUUCUUCUCAUGAGUUUCUUCUACUGCAUCGCAACACUACUUGAGUUUGCUGGAGUUCAUUAUUUUACAAAGGUAGGAUCUGGAGAAAUUGUGAUUGAUGACUCUGAGUGGGAAGAUUUGAUAGAAGAAGUCGGUGGAGAUGCUUUCGCGGCUAGACAGCUUGCUGUGCGUAGACGGAGCUCAGCUAGAUCAGCAAAUAAUUUUAGUUUUUCCACGGCCACUGAAAACCACGACGAGUCAGAGUUAUCCCAGCAACCAGAGCAAGCAGCUGUUCGUCUAACUAUGGAGCGUACUACACAGACCGAAGUUAGAGUUCCGCGUUGGAGACAGCUUUUAUAUUGCCUCGCAGGAGACGAUCAGUACCGACGACAAAGGCAGAGAGAAGCUGGUAAUCGUGGCCACAUCAAUAGCGUGUCGCACAUAGAUAAGGCAGCACGCAUCUUGUUCCCAGCAUCGUUCGCACUUCUAAACUUCUUCUACUGGAUGAUUUAUGCUUUGUCCAAUGACACUUUCGCUUGGAGCGACAACCCCAUCAAUACUCUAUCGCAUUAG